AUGGUCCGAAUAACAGCAGUUCUUGCUCGUGUUCCUAUGAUAAAAUUUCGUAAAGGUGGUGCUGAAGGAUCUGGUGCAGGGCCGAUGACGUCUCCUAAACCAACACAAUCAGCUGCUCAACCUCAACCACAACAAAGCCAGUCAGCAGCAGCAAUGAGUACUGGUGUCAUUUCAGACAUUGAUCUCCCAGCUCGCUACCGAAGACAACCAAUGUCACAGGAAGAAAUUGACCAUAUCAACGGCGGUGGAAUUAGAGAUCCUACAAAACUACCAGGGACUAAACCUCCUUCAGCAUUAGCAGUUAUCAGAGUACCAAGGGGUGUUCUUGUAGAAACUGGCAAGAAAGAAAAACAUGUUAUGUGCUUGAAUAUUGUGUUACAGAAAACAAGAAUAUAA